AGCUCAGCGCGCACACACGCGCAGCUCUCAGAGAGCAGCGGCGACGCUCGGUCAGUCCUGCCAUCUCUUGCUUGGCUCUCGCCUGCACCCCGGCUCCGGGUUAUACUUGAGGGUCUUCGCAUCAGCCUUCCGGCCCCACCGAGCCGCUGGGUGUCUCGCACGUAUCCCUUGUCGUGAAAGGUGCCUCACCAGGGUCUUUCGCUCUCGUUCUCUCUCUCUCUCUCUACAGCUGCUGCAGCAGUAGCAUCCUUCAUCUUGCCCCCACCCCGCCUCCCUCCUCCAGCUCCGGUAGCAUCUUGCUGAUCGGACUGCUAGGUCUGCGUGCUCAAUAAAAAGUGUGGGCAGUUUGACCCUGAGUGUGGGCAUUUUGGGGCUGCUGGCAGCGUGAGGUGCGGGUCGCCAGGUGUGGCGUAUACGCAGAUCUCCGGCUUCUCCAUAUGGGCUCACCAUGCGAAGGAUCAGGGCCAAUGCCAUCGCAAUCCUAACCGUGGCAUGGAUCCUCGGGACCUUCUACUACCUGUGGCAGGACAACAAGCCGCAUUCGUCUCCGUCAUCGGUUUCGCAUCCCAAGUCCACCAAAAGCGUCGGCCAGAAGCAGACGGGCCGCCUGGAGAUCCACCGGGAGGAGAGGAGCAUCCCGCUAAUCGUGACACAUGCCCCCCGUUUGGACAGAGGGACUCGUUCUGGAGGCCGCUUUGAUGAAAAGGUUUACCUGUCUGGGAAACAGCUGAAGGCGGGUGAGGAUCCCUACCGAGAACAUGCCUUCAACCUACAGGAGAGUAACCGUCUGAGUAGUGAGCGUGCCAUCCGAGAUACCCGCCACUACAGGUGUGCAGCUAUAACCUUUGACCCAGACCUUCCAGCCACCAGUGUCAUCAUCACCUUUCACAAUGAAGCUCGUUCCACCCUCCUACGGACAAUCAAGAGUGUCUUACUUCGGAGCCCCCCAAGCCUUAUCCAAGAGAUCAUUCUGGUUGAUGACUUCAGCACGGAUCCGGAUGACUGCCAGCUUCUGACACAAAUUCCCAAGGUGCGAUGCCUGAGGAACAGCAAGAGGGAAGGUCUAAUUCGAUCUCGUGUUCGAGGAGCUGAGGCUGCAACAGCCACCAUCUUGACCUUCCUGGACAGCCACUGUGAAGUGAACACCGAGUGGCUGCAACCUCUGCUCCAGAGAGUCAAAGAGGACCACACUCGUGUGGUGAGUCCAAUUAUUGAUGUCAUCAGCCUGGACAACUUCGCCUACCUUGCGGCUUCAGCGGAUCUCCGGGGAGGUUUUGACUGGAGUUUGCACUUCAAGUGGGAGCAAAUCCCCAUUGAGCAGAAGAUGUCCAGGACAGACCCAACACAGCCAAUCAGGACUCCUGUGAUUGCGGGAGGAAUCUUUGUGAUGGACAAAGGCUGGUUUAACCACCUGGGACAGUAUGACACACAAAUGGACAUCUGGGGAGGCGAGAACUUUGAGCUCUCCUUCAGGGUAUGGAUGUGUGGUGGCAGCUUAGAGAUCCUGCCAUGUAGUCGUGUGGGCCACGUUUUCAGGAAACGGCAUCCCUAUGAUUUCCCAGAAGGCAAUGCUCUCACUUACAUCAAAAACACCAGGAGGGCUGCAGAAGUGUGGAUGGAUGAUUACAAGCAGUAUUAUUAUGCCGCUCGCCCGUCGGCACAAGGCAAAGCCUUUGGCAGCAUUUCUGAGCGGCUGGAGCUCCGCCGGCAGCUCAACUGCCAUUCCUUUCAGUGGUAUUUGGAGAACGUCUACCCAGAGUUGAAGAUCCCGGAGGCCGAUGCCAGUCCAGCUCUCAUUCGACAAGGGUCCAUGUGUCUAGAAUCGGAGACCCAGGAUAAGCAAGGGGAUACCCUAGUUGGCCUGGGAGAGUGUCGGGCAGCCCGGGGCAGCCUGCCUUUGAGCCAGGAGUGGGUAUUCAGCGAGCCGUUCAUCCACCAGCAGAACCGGUGCCUCUCCAUCACGGCUUUCUCACCAGGCUCGAAGGUGCGGCUGGAGCUGUGCAGUCAGAAGGAUGCCAGACAGAAAUGGAAGUUAAAGGGCCAAUCCUACCAGCAUCAAAUGAGUGGCCUGUGUCUGGAGAACCAAUCAGGAGUCGCAGUGAUCAAUUUGUGCCACGCCCAGCUGGCCAGUCAGAUGUGGGAGACGCAGCAGGUCACGUGAUGACGAGAAGUGGUGGGGGGUGGAACGCGCCACAAAGGAGCUUUAUUUAUUUUGCAUGUGGCUUUACUCUCCCUAUUCUUCGCAAGGGAGUCGCGUUCCCAACUAUAGAAAAACAUGGGAGCUGUAAAUAUUGUACUGCGCUGGUACCGCGGGCUGCCCUUGCGCCUAUCUCUGUGGACUGAGGUGAUUAAUAUUUAAAAUAAAACACUUUGACCAAAGCUGA